AUGGUAGAAAUCAAGAUAAGAAGUCAGCAAAUAUUGGAAGCAGAGUGCAAGUCUACUUGGAUUUAUGACCCAAUGCAGAAAGGUGUUGCUGCAUUGGACUCCAGUGUUUCUGGAAAGAUUGGCCUGCGAGCAGUUGUGUACUACUUCUUCACUACUGCCUUAGCUGUAAUUUUAGAAACAGGUGAAUUAAACCUGAAACUCUUAAAGAACCCUGAAGAGAACUGCUUCAAUACUUGGGAUGACAGAAGCAAUCAACCUAUAACAAAUAAUCCUAAACAGUGGAAUCGUGUACGCAUCCUAAGCCACAAUUACUUCUUUUUACUAAUGGAGAUCCUGAAGCAACAAACCACAAAUAUUGUCUCUGUCUUAAAGAAGUACAAUAUGUGCCCAGUCGAAGGGCUUCAUCACUUCUUUCAGCUACACUUUGGUAAUACACUGGAAGCUGAUCCACCUUGUAGAGCAGAAUUGCUGCUACCAAUAUCAAUCCUCCUCUACAAAAACUUUAAAAAUAAAUGUUUCCUUCAUCAUUCUCUCCAACACAACACAUGUAUUCUUACCUUCCAGUAUAAGACCAAACGUGAAGAAAUAAAAAUCCCAAGCAUUGAUAAAAACGGAAGCUUUCCAACAGAAGAACCAAUCACAGCUAUAAUGCCAACUGAGACUUCACAGAACAAAACUAAAGAAUACAAAAUAGUGGGCAUGUAUUCGGAUGGUAUUAAUGUGCUUGGAUUGAUAGUCUUUUGUCUGGUCUUUGGAAUUGUUAUUGGGAAAAUGGGAGAAAAAGGACAAGUGCUGGUGGAUUUUUUCAAUGCCCUGAACGAUGCCACAAUGUAUAUAGUUCAGAUAAUUAUGUGGUAUAUGCCUCUGGGUAUUUUGUUUUUGAUUGCUGGAAAGAUAAUAGAAGUUGAAGACUGGGAGAUUUUUCGCAAAUUAGGUCUUUAUAUGGCCACUGUGUUGAGUGGACUUGCAAUCCAUUCUGUGGUCAUUCUACCACUAAUAUAUUUAAUCAUAGUGCGGAAAAAUCCAUACCAGUUUGCCAUAGGUAUGGCUCAAGCACUAUUGACUGCACUCAUGAUUUCUUCCAGUUCAGCCACCUUACCCGUGACUUUUCGCUGUGCAGAAGAAAAAAAUCACGUUGACAAGAGAAUUACUCGAUUUGUUUUACCAGUUGGAGCAACAAUCAACAUGGAUGGAACCGCACUGUAUGAAGCAGUGGCUGCUGUUUUUAUUGCACAGCUUAAUGACUUAGAGCUAGACAUUGGCCAAAUAGUGACCAUUAGUGUGACAGCAACAGCCGCCAGCAUUGGAGCAGCAGGGGUACCACAGGCAGGCCUUGUUACCAUGGUGAUUGUACUGAGUGCAGUGGGACUGCCAGCUGAAGAUGUUACCCUCAUUAUUGCCGUGGACUGGCUUCUGGAUCGAUUCAGAACAAUGGUUAAUGUUCUUGGCGAUGCCUUUGGAACUGGAGUUGUGGAAAAACUCUCCAAAAUGGAACUAGAGCAGAUGGACACCAUCUCAGAAGUUAACAUUGUGAAUCCUUUUGCUUUGGAAACAACCGACAGUGAGGAAAAAGAGACAAAGAAAUCUUAUGUGAAUGGGGCUUUUGCCGUUGAUAAGUCUGACACCAUAUCAUUCACCCAGACAUCACAAUUCUGAAAUUGAUUGACUAACAGAGGACCACAUUGGAUUAAAGGACAUGAGAGAACCUAAGUCAAUCCAUACCUUGGGAUCAUUACACUAUCGAUUCCUCAUGCUGUUCUUUGUCUUCUGCCUGUAUUCCUACAGGCAUACAGAGAAAUGAAUAUAUACAUACUAUCUCACUCUCUCACACACAAUUCCUGUCUCCCUCAGCCAUUCAGAAACAGAGAAUGCAGCCAUUCUGUUCCUCCUGUUGUACAGGCUGCCCAUACCAUAUUUCCCCACAACUGGGAACUUGGUUUUUUUCUUCCCAGUCAAUUGAUGAGAGGCAGCCAUCCAUGUUCAGAGCUGUGGAGCUUUCUUCAGGAGGCCCAAUACAGAAAUAUAAAUAUAUUCUCGAGCCUAGUUAUGUUGUCAGAAAAAAUGUUCCGUCAUAGUUGAGAUGAAUGCUAGCACUCUUAAGAUUCCUCAGUAGCACCUGUCUAAGAUUCUGAAUUGAAAUCUUUUAGUGAGAUUUAGAGGAUAAAUACAUUCCUUUGGGACAGAUUGUCUUCGGCUCGUAGUUAUUGCAGCAUUUGGUCAUUGUGUGCAGAUAUAUGAAAAAGCCAGGUUAUAAAAACAUGAAAAGGCUGUGUCGUAUUUUUAGGGAUUCUAGAUGUCUGCUUGCUAUGACCAUUCCCAGAGGUUGGAGCAAUGAGCUGGAGACAAGCUAUUUAUGAGGAAUAAUAAAACAGUAUUUCCAGAUGCACAGAAUUCCAUGCACAGAAUUAUUUUUUAAAAUGAUAUCCUCACUAUUCUUAUAUUUCAAUUGCUACUGAGACAUUUCUUUUUAAAUUGAUUCUGUGCAAAAAUAACUACUCCUGUAGCUAAUUAACUAUUAAAUAGGAAAAGCAGAAGGAUAGUUCUGGAGUAAGUGUGAAGUUUUUGAAAAUAUAUGUGUAUUUUUAAACCUUGUUGUUGAAAUUGGAAAUUAUUACUUGAGAACUUUAUAUUUUCAUUUCCAUUAUAAAUUAUAGCUAUGACAUAGUGGAACUCCUUGAUUAAUCCAAUCACAACAGCUUUGCAGCAAACUACAGUAAAACCUAAUAAAGUAGGUUUCCUCAUUUAGUAAUCUUCUUUUGGAAGCCGUAGGACACAAUUUUAGAGCUCUCUGUUUGAUAGAGGAGAUAAAAGAAUGCAUUUCAUGGGUAUACAAGCAAACUGUAAUUUCAUAUCUUUCCUCCACUCCUGUCCAUUCCUUGUGUGUCAUUGCAGAUGCUAUUCUAUUGAGGGAGAGGGUGCAAUUGAAUACAGUCCUAACUUCACAGCUAUUCACUGAAUGGCUUAGAGAAAGUGUUACGUUUUUAAAGUAUUGCAUUUACUGUAUGUGAUUCACUGCAUGUUGUUUGUUUGUUCUUUGUUUAAUCUUGUAAAUGACUCAGAAAGCUUGCAGUACCAAAAUACAGGUCUCGUGACCGAGAAGCAGGCUUAUGGUGAAUUAUAUACCAGCUUGUCUACCAGCAUAUACACCUGACUGGUGAAAGAUAAAUAGCAGCCUUUUAUGAAAGUUCCUAGUGUAGAGUAAUAAUGGAGAUAUAUUGUCAUAUGGACCAUUUGAGUGUGAUUUCUUUACGAAAACAUUCCAUAUUGUUAACGAGUUCAUCUAGUUAGUGCUUAACACCAAUACCUAUGGUGCAGUUUGAUUCUCCCUUGCAAAACAUUAUUGCAGAAGAUAAACUUUUCUUUGGACAUUAUCAGUUAGCUACGUAACACAAACUGAAAUUCAUAGAAGAUAAUGAUUUUGUAAAUAAGCUUGUGCUAAUCUGAAAAAAAUGCACUUAUUUACUAUCAACAAACAACGAAUCUGUAGCCUUAGACAGUCUUACACUGUUCUGUUCAAUAAAUAAUCCAGGUACGUGCCAAAGAACACUGAAAAGGAACUGUUCAAAUAAUCAUGUUUUGAUAAAUUGCACCUUAAUUGUGUGAAAGGCAUAAUACUGUACUGUAUGUAUUUAAAUAUAAUAAGCUAUAAAUGAAAUGCGCAAAAUGCAAACAUUGAUCCGUUUGUACAAAUAAAGGAGUGUACAGUGUAAA